AUGGUCGAGUGCUUAUUUUGUGAAAGGGAAUCGACAAAUGAUUGUUUCCCAUCCUGUGAUCGUAUGAGUCGUUGUCAGAAGUUUAGUCGACUGCUCCAAUAUUUAGAAAAAUGCACACAAGGUGAUUUUAAUCUUAAUGUUCUUCAUGGUGCUGUUGAUCGAAUCAAAAUGAUGGACGUGUUUAUGAUGCCGCUUGAUUUUUUUCCGAACGAUUCUUUUGAUGAAAGGAUUCAUGUGAUCGAUAUCGUGGCAAGAGAAUAUCUGGAAAAAGCAUCCGUUGACGUUCGUCAUCUUAUCCCAGCAGAUGUCUCUGGUGAUGGAAAUUGUCUGUAUCAUUCUGUUCUUCUUUUGAUGAACAAUUCUGCAAUGACAACCAGCGAGUUAAGAGUCCGCACUAUAGUCGAACUCAUUACGAAUGAAACGUAUUAUUCGAGUAUGUUUGCUUCCGUUAUUGGUCCAUUGGAUAUAGCUAUCAAAGGUGUGUGCAAAAACAACACAUAUUCGGAAUUAUACGAAAUUAGUGCUCUGUGCACAGUGGUCAGCUGUAACAUACGAAGUGUUUAUCCUGAAAUUGACUUUAGAGCCGAUAUGGCUAUUAUGAAUUCUGUCUUUAAGCCGAUUCCACCGACUAUUGGAAAGUAUGAAAUAAAAAUUUUAUGGUCAAACGUUCGCAGGGAAGCAAUUCUACGGUCAAUGAAUAAUAAUCAUUGGAGUCCGAAUCAUUUCGUUCCUCUAAUGUCGGCAAGUAUACGGCAUGAAUAUGUUGAUGGUAGUCAAAUGAAAUUGAUUAACAAAGUGAGUGAUAAACUCGCAUGUGCAGAUCUGAAUUGUCGUUAUGUUUAUUUCUAUUUUUCACAGACGCCUGAAAAGAAAACAACGAAGAAUAAUCACAAUUCUCAUGUACGGAUUCCUGAAUUUCAGUGUUCACCUAGUAGACGUUUACGUAGCGAAACUAGCACAAACAGUGAUCAUGUUCAAAUCAUCAAUUUAGAUACCAUGAAACAAAAUGAAAUGGAAAGGGAAGACCAGCAUCAAAUGCGACUUAUCACUCUAAAAGAUCGUGCUCGUUUGAGACGGAGUAGUGAGACAGAUGCUCAACGUCAAAAUCGGCUGCGAAGAGAUCGAGAGCGAGCCCGAAGUCGACGAGCUAAUGAAACACAAGAACAACGUCAAGGUCGACUAGAGCAAAAAAAAGAGUAUGCUCGAGCAGCUCGAGUGGAUGAAUCAGAGGAAGAACAUCAAAGUCGACUGGAACAGAAAAAAGAAUACGCUCGAACAGCUCGAAUGAAUGAAUCAGAGGAAGAACGUCGAAGUCGACUGGAGCAAAAAAAAGAGUAUGCUCGAACAGCUCGAAUGGAUGAAUCAGAGGAAGAACAUCAAAGUCGACUGGAACAGAAAAAAGAAUACGCUCGAACAGCUCGAAUGAAUGAAUCAGAGGAAGAACGUCGAAGUCGACUAGAACAGAAAAAGGAAUAUGCUCGAACAAGUCGAGUGAACGAAACAGCGGAAGAAUAUCAGAUUCGGAUUGAUCGUCAAAGAGAACGAAGUCAAUCGAAUAGAACUAAUAAAAAAUUGGAUGAAUUGGCGAUCGACAAUACUUUCGUUCAUCAACAAGGUAUCCAUGAUCAUGCAUAUGGGAAUAACGGCUAUAUAUAUCCUGCUCAUAACUCGAAGAAUGGAAUCGAACGUCACGAUAGUGCCACAAAUAGGAACAAAAUAAAAGAUUCUCUAACUUGGCCAGCACCCGUAUCCAGUGAAUUAAAAGAAGAAUGCUUAAAACAAUUUCUUCAACAGAUGUCUAUGGACAAACUUGCUGAAGUGACCUGUGCAGUCUGUAAUGUUCGUAGUUCAAAACAGCAAUGCAAAAUAGUUCCAACUUCGACAAUAUCUCACAAGGAUCUGCUCAAAGUAUCUGAUGAAUUAAAAGGUUUAAUUAAAAAUAUUCAACUACCAAUUCCAAAACAUUUUACUGGACCUUCCAUUCAAAAUUCAUUACCUUUCUAUUUUGAAAAUGAUAUUGUUCUUUAUAAGAAUGGGGUAUCUCAAGAUAACGAUAUAACUAUGUGUUCGAUUUGUCAAAAUUGUUCUGAUGCUCUUUCCAAAGAGAAAAUUCCAAAAUUCUCAGCAGCGAACAACAUGUGGUUAGGUGAUAUACCUACCCAGUUACAAGGAUUAACAAUCCCAGAACAAAAGGAAUCGACAGAUGGUUGUUGUCCAUCCUGUGAUCGUAUGAGUCGUGGUCAGAAGUUUAGUCGACUGCUCCAAUAUUUAGAAAAAUGCACACAAGGUGAUUUUUAUCUUGAUGUUCUUCAUUGUGCUGUUGAUCGAAUCAAAAUGAUGGAUGUGUUCAUGAUGCCGCUAGACUUUUUUCCGAAGGAUUCUUUUGAUCAAAGGAUUCAUGUUAUCGAUAUCGUGGCAAGAGAAUAUCUGGAAAAAGCAUCCGUUGACGUUCGUCAUCUUAUCCCAGCAGAUGUCUCGGGUGAUGGAAAUUGUCUCUAUCAUUCUGUUCUUCUUUUGACGAACAAUUCUGUAAUGACAACCAGCGAGUUGAGAGUCCGCACUAUAGUCGAACUCAUUACGAAUGAAACGUAUUAUUCGAGUAUGUUUGCUUCCGUCAUUGGUCCCUUCGAUAUAGCUAUCAAAGUUGUGUGCAAAAACAACACAUAUUCGGAAUUAUACGAAAUUAGUGCUCUGUGCACAGUGGUCAGCUGUAACAUACGAAGUGUUUAUCCUGAAAUUGACUUUAGAGCCGAUAUGGCUAUUAUGAAUUCUGUCUUUAAGCCGAUUCCACCGACUAUUGGAAAGUAUGAAAUAAAAAUUUUAUGGUCAAACGUUCGCAGGGAAGCAAUUCUACGGUCAAUGAAUAAUAAUCAUUGGAGUCCGAAUCAUUUCGUUCCUCUAAUGUCGGCAAGUAUACGGCAUGAAUAUGUUGAUGGUAGUCAAAUGAAAUUGAUUAACAAAGUGAGUGAUAAACUCGCAUGUGCAGAUCUGAAUUGUCGUUAUGUUUGUUUCUAUUUUUCACAGACGCCUGAAAAGAAAACAACGAAGAAUAAUCGCAAUUCUCAUGUACGGAUUCCUGAAUUUCAGUCUUCACCUAGUAGACGUUUACGUAGCGAAACUAGCACAAACAGUAAUCAUGUUCAAAUCAUCAAUUUAGAUACCAUGGAACAAAAUGAAAUGGAAAGGGAAGGCCAGCAUCAAAUGCAACUUAUCACUCUAAAAGAUCGUGCUCGUUUGAGACGCAGUAGUGAGACAGAUGCUCAACGUCAAAAUCGGCUGCGAAGAGAUCGAGAUCGAGAGCGAGCACGAAGUCGACGAGCUAAUGAAACACAAGAACAACGUCAAGGUCGACUGGAGCAAAAAAAAGAGUAUGCUCGAACAGCUCGAAUGAAUGAAUCAGAGGAAGAACGUCGAAGUCGACUAGAACAGAAAAAGGAAUAUGCUCGAACAAGUCGAGUGAACGAAACAGCGGAAGAAUAUCAGAUUCGGAUUGAUCGUCAAAGAGAACGAAGUCAAUCGAAUAGAACUAAUAAAAAAUUGGAUGAAUUGGCGAUCGAUAAUACUUUCGUUCAUCAACAAGGUAUCCAUGAUCAUGCAUAUGGGAAUAACGGCUAUAUAUGUCCUGCUCAUAACUCGAAGAAUGGAAUCGAACGUCACGAUGGUGCCACAAAUAGGAACAAAAUAAAAGAUUCUCUAACUUGGCCAGCACCGGUAUCCAGUGAAUUAAAAGAAGAAUGCUUAAAACGAUUUCUUCAACAGAUGUCUAUGGACAAGCUUGCUGAAGUGACCUGUGCAGUCUGUAAUGUUCGUAGUUCAAAACAGCAAUGCAAAAUAGUUCCAACUUCGACAAUAUCUCACAAGGAUCUGCUUAAAGUAUCUGAUGAAUUAAAAGGUUUAAUUACAAAUAUUCAACUAUCAAUUCUAAAACAUUUUACUGGAUCUUCCAUUCAAAAUUCAUUACCUUUCUAUUUUGAAAAUGAUAUUGUUCUUUAUAAGAAUGGGGUAUCUCAAGAUAACCAGAUAACUAUGUGUUCGAUUUGUCAAAAUUGUUCUGAUGCUCUUUCCAAAGAGAAAAUUCCGAAAUUCUCAGCAGCGAACAACAUGUGGUUAGGUGACAUGCCUACCCAGUUACAAGGAUUAACAAUCCCAGAACAAAAGUUGAUCUCAUUGCAUCGUCAUAAUAGUUGUGUGAUAAAACUCCACUCACCUUUUCAUACAGCAACAACUGCACAGGGGGCGUUGAAAGGCAAUUGCAUUACUUUUCUCCAAAAUAUGCCAAAUAUUGUUANCCACUGUUAUGCUCGAUGGGAAUCGACAGAUGGUCGUUUCCCAUCCUGCGAUGGUAUGAGUCGUGGUCAGAAGUUUAGUCGACUUCUCCAAUAUUUAGAAAAAUGCACACAAGGUGAUUUUUAUCUUGAUGUUCUUCAUGGUGCUGUUGAUCGAAUCAAAACGAUGGAAGCGUUUAUGAUGCCGCUUGAUUUUUUUCCGAACGAUUCUUUUGAUGAAAGGAUUCAUGUGAUCGAUAUCGUGGCAAGAGAAUAUCUGGAAAAAGCAUCCGUUGACGUUCGUCAUCUUAUCCCAGCAGAUGUCUCUGGUGAUGGAAAUUGUCUGUAUCAUUCUGUUCUUCUUUUGAUGAACAAUUCUGUAAUGACAACCAGCGAGUUAAGAGCCCGCACUAUAGUCGAACUCAUUACGAAUGAAACGUAUUAUUCGAGUAUGUUUGCUUCCGUCAUUGGCCCUUUCGAUAUAGCAAUCAAAGGUGUGUGCAAAAACAACACAUAUUCGGAAUUAUACGAAAUUAGUGCUCUGUGCACAGUGGUCCGCUGUAACAUACGAAGUGUUUAUCCUGAAAUUGACUUUAGAGCCGAUAUGGCUAUUAUGAAUUCUGUCUUUACGCCGAUUCCACCGACUAUUGGAAAGUAUGAAAUAAAAAUUUUAUCGUCAAACGUUCGCAGGGAAGCCAUUCUACGGCCAAUGAAUAAUAAUCAUUGGAGUCCGAAUCAUUUCGUUCCUCCAAUGUUGCCAAGUAUACGGCAUGAAUAUGUUAGUGGUAGUCAAAUGAAAUUGAUUAACAAAGUGAGUGAUAAACUCUCACGUGCAGAUUUAAAUUGUCGUUAUGUUUAUUUCUAUUUUUCACAGACGCCUGAAAAGAAAACAACGAAGAAUAAUCACAAUUCUCAUGUACGGAUUCCUGAAUUUCAGUCUUCACCUAGUAGACGUUUACGUAGUGAAACUAGCACAAACAGUGAUCAUGUUCAAAUCAUCAAUUUAGAUACCAUGGAACAAAAUGAAAUGGAAAGGGAAGGACAGCAUCAAAUGCGACUUACCACUCUGAAAGAUCGUGCUCGUUUGAGACGAAAUAGUGAGACAGAUGCUCAACGUCAAAAUCGGCUGCGAAGAGAUCGAGAGCCAGCACGAAGUCGACGAGCUAAUGAAACACAAGAACAACGUCAAGGCCGACUAGAGCAAAAAAAAGAGUAUGCUCGAGCAGCUCGAAUGGAUGAAUCAGAGGAAGAACGUCGAAGUCGACUAGAACAGAAAAAGGAAUACGCUCGAACAGCUCGAAUGAAUGAAUCAGAGGAAGAACGUCGAAGUCGACUAGAACAGAAAAAGGAAUAUGCUCGAACAAGUCGAGUGAACGAAACAGCGGAAGAAUAUCAGAUUCGGAUUGAUCGUCAAAGAGAACGAAGUCAAUCGAAUAGAACUAAUAAAAAAUUGGAUGAAUUGGCGAUCGACAAUACUUUCGUUCAUCAACAAGGUAUCCAUGAUCAUGCAUAUGGGAAUAACGGCUAUAUAUAUCCUGCUCAUAACUCGAAGAAUGGAAUCGAACGUCACGAUAGUGCCACAAAUAGGAACAAAAUAAAAGAUUCUCUAACUUGGCCAGCACCCGUAUCCAGCGAAUUAAAAGAAGAAUGCUUAAAACAAUUUCUUCAACAGAUGUCUAUGGACAAGCUUGCUGAAGUGACCUGUGCAGUCUGUAAUGUUCGUAGUUCAAAACAGCAAUGCAAAAUAGUUCCAACUUCGACAAUAUCUCAUAAGGAUCUGCUCAAGGUAUCGAAUGAAUUAAAAGGUUGA